AUGGUAGAAGCGGUUGAGUCCGAACAGGAACAGAAUGAACCUCAGUACAAAGAGUACGCAAUCGAAGAGUUUUUGGUUCGAAGCGAACCCUAUUAUCGCCCCGUAAGUGACGAAUUGGAACUCUUUACGGCAGCCUAUAAUCAGCACAUCCCCGUAUUGCUGAAGGGCCCCACCGGCUGCGGGAAGACCCGCUUCGUGGAAUACAUGGCCUGGAAACUGGGCAGGCCCAUGGUAACGAUCGCCUGUCACGAAGACCUGACGGCCAGCGACCUUGUUGGACGCUACCUGCUGGAUUCCGAUGGUACCCGCUGGAUAGACGGCCCGAUGACCCGCGCCGUUAAGACGGGCGCAAUACUUUACCUCGACGAGAUAGUGGAAGCACGGAAGGACACAACGGUACUGAUUCACCCUUUGACUGACCACCGGCGAAUCCUGCCGGUGGAAAAGACAGGGCAGAUAAUAGAGGCUGACGACCGUUUUCUCCUUUGUAUAUCCUACAAUCCACACUACCAGAGCGCGUUGAAGGACCUGAAGCACAGCACCCGCCAGCGAUUUAUCUCGGUGGAGUUUGACUAUCCUCCGGCUGACAUUGAGGCGGAGAUUGUUCAAAAGGAAAGCGGCUGUACCGAAGAGCAAGCCAGUGCACUGGCUAAGCUGGGCGAGAAGGUACGCAAUCUCAGAGAUCACGGCCUCGCAGAGGGCGCCAGCACGCGAUUGCUCAUUUACGCUGGUCGGUUGAUGAGAGAAGGUAUUCCCGCGCGGCGGGCUUGCCAGGUAGCCAUAGUCUGGACACUUACUGACGAAGCAGAGCUUCAACGCAGCGUGGAAGAGGUGGUUUCCUCCAUCUUCGAAUAG